AGGAACCCAUAAAGAUUAGGCAUCCACUCUGAGAGAGAGAGAGAGAGAGAGAGAGACAGAGAUGGCGGAGCAAGGCGAGAAAAGAAGGAGGUUGGUGUUGAUAGCAAGUCCACUUCAAGGCCACAUGACCCCCAUGCUCCAGCUUGGCUCAUACCUUCAUUCCAAAGGGUUCUCCAUAACCUUUGCUCACUCUGAGCUCAACCCACCAGACCCUUCUAAUCACCCUGACUUCAUCUUCCUCCCUCUGCCGGACAAAUUAUCCGACACCGGCGGCUCUUCCGGCUUCAUUCAGUUCUUGCAAGCUCUAAACAAUAACUGCAAACCCCAUCUUCAGAAACACCUUAUCCAGAUCAUAGAUGAACAAAAGGCCUCAACUCAAAAGGAAUCAAUCGUUAUCAUCCAUGAUAAUCUCAUGUUUUGUGCUGGAUCCAUCGCCGGCGAUCUGGGUCUACCCUCCAUCAUCGUGCGCAGCAGCAGUGCAGCCUGUGUUCCUGCUUACAGAAUCAUCCCUCAGCUUCAUAAAGAAGUUCGAUUCCCUGUAGAAGAUUCUUUGUUGCAGGAAAUGGUUCCGGGACUCGAUCCACUCAGAUACAAAGAUAUACCAUUUAUUAGCCUCACAACACAACAAAGCCUGAAAUUGACAACAUUGUUCACCUCAAAAACACCCCCGGUUGCUUUCAUAUGGAACACCAUCGAAUUUCUUGAACAAUCGGCACUGACCCAGAUCCGCCAUCGCUACAAAGUUCCAGUUUUUACCAUCGGCCCAUUACACAAAACAUCCCCAACCCCUUCCAAUAGUUUUCUUGAAGAAGAUACCAGUUGCAUUUCAUGGCUAGAUAAACAAUCACCCAAAUCAGUAAUUUACGCAAGUGUAGGAAGCUUAGCAACCAUGGAUGCAAAAGUGGCAACUGAAAUGGCAUGGGGCCUAGCCAACAGUAACCAGCCCUUCAUAUGGGUGGUUCGACCGGGCUCGGUUCACGGGUGUGAUUGGAUCGAGUUUUUGCCGGAGGAUUUGGUAAGUGAGAUGAAGGUGAAAGGUUUAAUUGUAAAAUGGGCACCCCAGAAGGACGUAUUGGCACAUUCUGCAGUUGGAGGAUUUUGGAGCCAUUGUGGUUGGAAUUCGACCUUGGAAAGUGUAUGCGAAGGGGUUCCGAUGCUGUGUCAACCGUUUAAUAAUGAUCAGUUUUUGAAUGCGAGGUAUUUGAGUCAUGUGUGGAAGAUGGGUUUGGAAAUCGUUGAGGAGAGAGGGGAAAUCGAGAGUGCAAUCAAAAGAGUUUUCAUGAGCAAAGAAGGGGAAGAGAUGAGGUGUAGGGCUAUGGAGAUUCAAGAACAGAUUAAAGUUGCAGUCAGCCAUGGAGGUUCUUCACAAAACUCCAUGGAUGAUUUGGUAAAAUUCAUUUUGUCAUUGUAAUUGAUUAACCGUCCACAUUAAUGUUUUUAAAGGUUCACCUAAAGAAUAGAGGGCAUUAUUAUCGAA